AUGGUGGACAGGUGUUGUCCUGGCAAUGCCACUGCCAUUCCUGCUGUGCUCACCAUCUCCACAUGCCCAAAUGGUGGCAGCUUCCAAAAUGUUAUCUGUUUGCCCAGUUCCUGCCAGAGGAGAACUUAGCAACUGGUCACAUGCCAUGAAAACUGUCAGCCAUCCAGCAGUGCUCCAGGUGGCUGUGAACCUACUUCUUGUCAACCUUCCUGCCUUCCAGCAACUUCUUCUGUGGGUUUUGUUUACCAGCCCAUAUGUUCUCACACGGCCUGCUAUGAAUCCAGCUCUGGCCAGUCUCCUUGUCUGGUUAGUUCAUGCCAGCCAUCCUGCUCGGAAUCCACCAGUUGUCAGGCAAAGUGCUGUGAUGACAGCCCCUGCCAACAAAGUUCCUGCUGGGAGCCUGUCUGCAUGUCGGGAUCACACCAGGAAGCUUGUGGCCAAUCAGUCUGAUGUGAUGCUGGAUACUGCCAGCCAUCCUGCUCUGAAGUAACUUCUUGUCCUGAAACAUCUUGCCCACCAAUUAACUGUGCAGCUAGUCCGUGUCAACCUGCUUGCUGCCAAGGAGGUUCAUGUCAACCCAUCAGUGGUGAAGGUCAUCACUGUAAAUCAACUUGUUCUCAACCAAUCUGGCACAUUUUCAAGCCUUGCCAAUCAGUUCCUUGCAUUCCCGUUCCCCGCCAGCCAUCAACUUGUGUGUUCAGUUCUUGCAGUCCUACUUGCUCUGUGCUCUCCCCUUGCCAGCCACUUCACUGCCAGCCAGCUCCUUCCAUAUCCUUCAUCUGCUAGCCAGUGGCUAACUGCCAGUCCCCUUGUUCUGCAAAGAACUCUUGCAAACGAGCUUCCUAUGGCACCCUGCUUUCUAGCCAAUCAACUUGUGGUGGACCCACUUCCUACAGCCAAAGUGGCUGCAAAUCUUCUUCCUGCCAGCCAGCUUGCUGUGUGACAGGUUUAGGCAAAUCAUCCAGUGGUGACUCCAAUUGCUUCCAACCAGCUUCCCCAAGUCUCUGCAAAGCAAACACCUUCUUGCCAACUUCCUGUGAACCCAGCUGUGAGUACAGCUCCCAUAAGGCGAUACUUUUUUGA